AUGCUUAGUCCCAAAAGAACCAGAUUCCGUAAACAACAUAGAGGAAGAAUGAAGGGAAUAUCUUAUCGAGGUAAUGCUAUUUGUUUUGGUAAAUACGCUCUUCAGGCACUUGAACCCGCUUGGAUCACCUCUAGACAAAUAGAAGCAGGUCGACGAGCAAUGACACGAAAUGCACGUCGCGGUGGAAAAAUAUGGGUCCGUAUAUUUCCAGAUAAACCAGUUACAGUAAGACCCGCAGAAACACGUAUGGGUUCAGGUAAAGGCUCUCCCGAAUAUUGGGUAGCUGUUGUUAAACCAGGUCGAAUACUUUAUGAAAUGGGUGGAGUAACAGAAAAUAUAGCCAGAAGGGCUAUUUCAAUAGCAGCGUCCAAAAUGCCUAUACGAGCUCAAUUCAUCAUUUCGGGAUAA